CAAGUAAAGAUGAUGAACAGGAAGAUGCUACUCGUUGCAGCGUCGAUCAUCUUAAAUCUCGUUUUGAUCAUUCAUUUUCUUCAUAACAACUCAAGCACAUGGACUCUGUCGUGGACUAAUAGAGCCGCCGAGGAGGCAGAGGAUGCAGCUUCUGUUUCAUGCUCAGGCCACGGCAGAGCUUAUGUGGACGGUCUAGGUGUCCUUGACGGUAAUAAAGCUCCUUGUGAAUGCAACAACUGCUACACAGGCAAAGACUGUUCCUUUCUUCUCCCAGAUUGUCAUGCCGCUGCUAACUCAGGAGACCCUUUGUUCUUGGAGCCAUUCUGGAUGCGAAACGCAGAGGGGAGUGCGGUUGUUGAGUCCGGAUGGCACAGGAUGAGUUAUCAUUUUUACGAAGAUGGCUCAUAUGUAUCAGCAGAGCUCGAGCGGAUCAUUAGGAAGCUGCAUAACGUAGUCGGAAAUGCAGUUACAGAUAACAGAUUCGUAAUCUUUGGAACCGGAGCCACGCAGUUGAUUGCAGCCUCUGUUCAUGCUUUGUCUCAGACAAACUCAUCAUCUCCUACAAGACUUGUGUCUGCUAUUCCAUACUACAACGUGUACAAAGAACAAACUGUCUUCUUUAAUUACGCAAAUCUUAAGUUUGGAGGAGACGCGUCUGCGUGGAAGAUGAGCAAGCACAAUGAUAAUAUGACACAAGUAAUAGAGAUAGUAACAUCUCCUAAUAAUCCAGAUGGGAAGCUGAAAAGAGCGGUUCUCGAUGGUCCUAAUGUCAAAACAAUUCAUGAUUACGCCUAUUACUGGCCUCAUUUCUCGCCUAUAACGCAUCCUGCUGAUGAGGAUUUGAGCUUGUUUAGUCUCACAAAGACUACAGGUCAUGCUGGCUCCAGAUUCGGAUGGGCAUUGGUAAAGGACGAAGCUGUUUAUGAAAGAAUGAAAAGGUAUUUAACUUUAAGUAGUAUGGGAGUUUCAAGAGAUACACAGCUUCGUGCUCUGCAGUUGCUCAAAGUAGUAGUUGGAGAUGGAGGCGAGGGGAUAUUCCAUUUUGGUUAUGAAACAAUGAAGAAGAGAUUGGAGGUAUUAAACAAGACCUUGUCCAUGUCCACACGCUUUUCGCUCGAGACAAUCAAACCUCAGUACUGCAACUAUUUCAAGAAACUCAGAGACUUUACUCCUUCUUAUGCGUGGGUGAAGUGUGAGAGAUUAGAAGAUACAAACUGCUUUGAGAUAUUCAGAGCGGCUAAGAUAAUAGGACGAGAGGGAAAAGUGUUUGGAUCAGAGGAACGUUUUGUUCGAUUAAGUCUCAUCAGAACACAAGACGACUUUGAUCAGCUUAUUGAUCUACUGAAGAAGUUAGUCUCCCGGGAAGUUGUACGAGCUGACUCCAUCUAAAAACUCCAUGUUGUGAUCAGAUGUCUUGAUUUCCAUCAUAUGAAAUAAGUAUUAUGCCCAUUCUAUGACAGCUUUGUGAUUGUUGUGAACAAUGAAAUAUUUUCAGUUCAAUCGUUGGGUAGAAUCCGAAAAACCAGUCCCAAUUAUAUUAGUAAACGUU